AUGCUGCGCUACCUCCGGCCGUUGACCGAGCCCUUUUCCAGCCGAUAUCGACAAUACCUUCCGCUCCCAACCAGCAGUCCCCGCGGCAGUGUGAGCGCACAGGGCGAUGCCGUCUCCACCCACGGCAGUGCGCCUGGCUCUCCCUCCAACCAUGUCUCCUCUGCGAACGCGCAAAGGUCCAAGGCCCGUGUGCGUCGCCGCUCACUCUCCUGGCAUCUGAGACUACUCUUGCUUCUUGCUGUAUCCGCUUUCGCCCUUCACGCCGCCUUGCGCCACUUCUUCUUUCCAGCCGCGCCCUCAACCGAGGCAUCACGCGCCGAGGCGCUGGCCAUGCUAACCGAUCAGCUAGCCAUAGAGUCCCCGACACCUGCUUCCCAAGCAUCCGCAAACCUACAUAUCAAAGCCAAGACUGCAAUGUCGCCCGAGUCGGUGCAUCGCGUCUUCGCCGAUGGCUCGCCUGGUGCCGCCUCGCGCGAGGUCAUGCCCAUUCGAGCCUACGACGCUCUCAGCGACGCCUGCAUCGAGCAAUGGGUCGUCCACCAUCGCUGGGGCGACGCAUGUCGUGGGACCGAUAUGAGCCACAGCCUCCGCUUCGACGCCGUCUGGGCCUGGGUCAACGGCAGCGAUCCAGCACAGAUCCUCGCGCGCAACACCUACAAGCCCUCCUCGCCCAUCAACGUCGAUGCCGCCCAUCGCUAUGCAGACCACAACGAGCUGCUCUACUCGAUGCGCUCUCUCUAUCACUCGUUUGGCGGCCACUCAAUCGGCAAGAUGCACAUCAUGGCAUCCGCCUAUCCUCUUCCACAAGAGGCUGUCUCGUCUUUGGGAGCAUCUUCGAACACCACCCUCUACGCGGGACAGAUCCCCUACUGGCUGAACGCGUCUUCCGACACACAACAAGACAAGAUCCAGGUACACCACGACGCCGCCUAUUUCCGACCCAUGCAGCUCGACGAUCCCAACAAGCUCUCGCCAGCCGAUGUAGAUGCAUGGCGAGCACAAACGCUGCCCAGCUUCAACAGCCUCGCCGUCGAGUCGCAGCUCUUCAACGUGCCAGGCACUUCCUCGGACCAGCUCGUCUACCUCAACGACGACUUUUUCACCAUGGUGCCCAACGAAGUGUCCGAUCUCAGCUCCGCGCUCUUUGGUCCCGUCAUCAAGAGCGACACGCGCCUCUUUUCCUUCUACCGUCCGUCGGAGCACCCUUUCCAGCGCCACUGGAACCCCGCUGGUGAAGAGGUGGGCAUCAAGCGCGCCGCCUGGAUCCUCGGUCAGCGCUUCCCCAUGCGCUCGCUCCCUUAUAUCACUCACCACCCACGCACCCUCUCGCUGCCUCUGCUGCGUGAAGCCGCGCAGACGUUCCCAGAGGCGUUCAGCAACACCACCCUAGCACGCUUUCGUGCCCAGAAAGAGGUUCCCGACUCGAUCCAGGCCUUCUUCCUCGCCAGCUGGUACAUUGUGGAGCGUCACCGCGAGGCGCUUCUCUGGUCCUGGGCUGUUGCCAAGUGGGGCGGACGCGACGGCGUGCUCGAUGCCGCCACCAAGCGAGCCAUGUGGGACGAGAUCAGGAUGAAGACCAGCGAGUCAAAAUAUGUCGGCACGGAAAGAGACGCCGACACCUUUGCCGUCAGCAGGCCGGUCCGCCGCUCUCGCGACCAGGAUCGCGUCAUCUUCGAGCAGGCAGGCGUACCGGCGCCCAAGAACACCGAGUAUUCCUUCUCGUCGCACGACGGCCAUGCGCUGUCGUACCUCGACUGGACCUGGCCGUGGCAACGCUCGCGCGACGGAUACCCGGAUCUCAGCGAGCACGUGCAGGAGCGCGGACAUGCUCGUUCCUGGAUCCCGUCGUCCUCAUCCGGCUCGUCGCGGUCGAGCGUAUGUCGAAUCUCGUAUUCCGCGUGCUUUGCACCGCAGAACGACCGCGAAAGCGCAGAUGCCUUGUUCAAGCGCAUCGCCUUCGCGCCGAACACCGCGUCCAAGUGCGGCGACUGCAUCAUGGCCGCGCUUCUCACCGCUUCAGGCGAAGCAGGCAUCUCGGCUUUCCUUCCGCCGCACUCGGCCCUCAUCAACGUACCCGCCUCGAGCGACAAGAUGGGCUCGCGGUCCCACCUGCCGCUCACCGAAAGCUGGCGCGCUACCGACUUUUCGCUCAACUCGGUCUUGCAUAUGAGCUCGGAGCUCGCUCCCGCAUCCGAGACUAGACGCAUCUCGCUUCGCACUUGGUGCACGCGCCUCAUUCAGAGGUACCAGUACGUGCUUGGCGCCACGCCGUCCACCUUCUACAAGGUCGAGUACGCCUCGCGCCUCCCGCACCAGCUCGAGGCCGUCGACCGCUCUCUCGCGGAAGACUCGCACCCCACCACGUUCUUGUGCCUCAACGACGACAUCAAGGAGUCGUCUCAGGGCACACUCAAGCUCAACCGCAUCCUCAAGCGCUGGUUCGCUGCGCACUGGUCGCGCCCGCUCCCAGGCGAGCUUGGCCAGUCCUAG